AUGGAGGACUCGUGCAUGUCGCUCCACUCAAUGGAGCCGCGCGCCAAGGCGGUCUGGUCCACGCCCGCGCCGCUGCCCGGCGUCGGCAGCGACGCGUCGGCGGCGGGCCGCGGCGGCGACCCGCUGGCCGACGCGCUUGCGCAGCACAUGCUGCUGCUGGACAUGGAUGGCGACCUAAGCUAUGAGGACGAAGAGGCCGCCGCCGCCCAGCACCAGCGCCUGCAGCAGCAGGCCGCGCAGACGCGGGGCCCCCACGCCGCCGCCAACCCCGCCGCCGCCGCCGCCGCGCCCGCCCCUGCCGCCGCGGAGCCGCUGCCCGAGCUGCCGCCGCUGCCGGCGCAGCCGCCGUCGCCGGUGCCCGAGGGCAGCGAGGGCGGCGGGUGCGAGUCGCCCUGCGCGGCGGGGGAGUAUCAGUCGGAGCCCCUACCCCUGCUGGAUGCCGACCUGCUCAGGUCGAAGCACGCGCCCCUCGCGCCCACAGGCUUCACUCCUGCCGAGGCCUAUGUUGACCGCCAGGAGCGCACCGUGUUUUUCGCCAAGUGCGCCCCCUCGGCUUCCGUCGAGGCCGUCGCGCGCGUGUUUGGCGCCUAUGGCGAAGUCGAGGAGAUAAACCUCUUCAGACAGUGGUGA